UGGUAGCGUACCUAUCUAAUCUAGAAAUUUUAUACAUGUUGCAAAAGCUCAAGCAUCACAUUGUGAAAGCGGGCAGACGCCACAACAAUGAUUCGCAAACAAGCGCGCCAAAGGCGCGAUUACCUCUAUCGACGUGCUCUUCUUCUGAGGGACGCUGAGAUCAGCGAGAAACGAGCCAAAUUGAGAUCUUCUUUGGCUUCUGGCAAGCCUCUGGAUCCUUCAAUUGCCAACGACAAGUCACUUCGCAAAGACUACCAGUAUGACGAAUCGCGACCUGAUCUCACCACCAACGAGCAGCUCGACCUGGACGAUGAGUAUGCUCAGCUUUCAGGCAUUGUCGAUCCUCGCGUUCUUGUGACGACUUCACGAGAUCCCUCGGCUAGGCUAUCAGCCUUCGCCAAGGAGAUCAGACUUCUUCUUCCCACUGCCGUGCGCCUCAAUCGCGGAAACCUCAUCCUGCCCGAUCUAGUACGCUCCGCUCAGUCAGCUGGCCUCUCCGACGUCGUCCUUCUUCACGAACAUCGAGGCACCCCAACUGCUUUGACACUGUCGCAUUUUCCGCACGGUCCAACUGUCUCAUUCUCUCUUCACAACGUCGUUUUACGCCACGAUAUUCCUGGAAGCGUACGAGGAACAGUGAGCGAGUCGUAUCCUCACCUCAUCUUCGAUGGCUUUACAAGUCGCUUGGGUGAGCGUGUAGUGAAAGUAUUGAAACAUGUCUUUCCUCCCAGGGAAGCCAUCACGAGCAAAAACAAGGUCGGCAACCGAGUCGUCACAUUCAAGAACAUCGAGGAUAGCAUUGAAGUCAGGCAUCAUGUUUUCGUGCGGACAGGAUACGACAGCGUUGAGCUGGCUGAAGUCGGGCCACGGAUGACAAUGAGAGUAUUCGAGAUUCGAAGCGGCACCCUUGACAACAAGGAUGGCGACGUCGAAUGGCACCUCACGCAAUACACACGAACCGCCAAGAAGAAGAACUAUUUGUGAGAAUAUCACACAUUUCCCAUAAGCAUCGAUCCUCUUGGAGAUGCCGUGCCAUGGUCACCUCCUGCCCGAUCGAAAUGAAACCGCUUCGAAUCGCAUGGCUAGGCAGCCUCUGCAUCACGGUUCAUCAUAUGAUCUGGGUAGCUUAUUGAGUUGAAACAUAUCGUGAGCAGGGACGACACAUGAUCGCAUAAAAACUGGAAUAAGAAAUUGGCGUUUCGGAGUUUUACGGUGCAAAAUUAUGAGGCGGUGGCCCUGAGAAGAUGGCGACUAUAGUGUUGGGAGAACUGACUUCG